AUGUUCUUCGCACUUAUCUUUAUCACAAUUAUUACUUUAACAAAUUCAGUUCCAGUAUAUCAUAACCUACACGAUUUAAUAAAUAAAGAAGUUUUGUUAUCGACAACUAAUAGUACUAUUCGUUCUACUACUACUUCAACAACAGUUGCACAUAGAAUUGAAAAAAUUAGCCGAAUGAAAGACACAAUUGAUGCUGCAACGGAUUAUAUUCGACAUUUGUUACCCUCAAUUCUUGCCUUUUCGUCAGUGAUAUUUUCUAUUAUAUGUUUUUAUUUUAGAAAAUGUCUUCUUAAUGGUGGCCACUGUAAAGGCGCUUGGUUUUACCCAAAAUCACGUGAAUUGUAUAAAAGACGUCAAGAGAUUAAACGAAAUCAAAAAAUAAUACUGAAUCAACUUGUCAAUCAAUCGAAUCCUGUAUAUACAAUUGUUUAA